GUAAAGCCGCUCUGAUGAUCACGUCUCCUUACGCCCAAGUGAACGAGGACGUAGCCGAAAUCUUUACUGAAGUCAGUCAUUCUGGACGAAGACAAAGGGGGUCUACACCUGAGCAAAUAAGAGCAAAACGAAUGACAAACUGGAUACACCAUUUUACGAGAAAUUAUCACAAUAACUUCGCGUUUUUAAAUCUCUUACCGUUAUGGAUUUUCCUUAUUGACUUUUGGUCUGCGGCCAACGGAUGACUUGACAAUUCUGUCAAGUGACAGAGGUACCGCUUAAAUAUUUACAUAUUUACAUACCGUUGAUGUUUAUUAUACCAGCCGACACGCAUUUCGCGAUGGCAUGAGACGGCAGGCACUGCGCUUAAGUGCAGUAAGUCAACUUGAUCAUUUUGCUUGGGAAAACGGGCUGAGCCUACUGUCUCGGCGGCGCACGGCAUAGGCAACAUCAGAGAAUGACCAAAGACCCUAGUGUAAAGGAAUAGAUAUCACAAGGAAUUAUUCAGCUUUUCUACACCCAGUCCAUUCAUCCAUAAUAUCGCAUGAAGGACAGUCAUUCUUUACUCUUUCAUGGACAAAGUGGAUUUUACAACUCGAUCAAUAGACCCUUCUUCUCUCCGCACUGCACUUAAGCUGGUGUUUGUAUAGAGAACGGUGAUUUUGGGAAUACGAACAAAAGGUGUCUGUACCCACCUUUUUGACGAACUAAAGCCACACGAUUGAACUGGCGUGGGUUUUCGAAUAACUUGAAAGGAAGAUGAUAAAGUUUAUCACAAAAGUGGUCUGUUUUGUGGCGUGCGUACUCUCCAUCCGCUGUACACCGGCCCCCGAGACCCAGACAGUGUCCCAGGAUACCUGCGCUUCUUGCGGAAUCGGUCAGACGGAGGAGUCGAGGAGGAUGGACAUAGAUUUUUUGGAGGCAGUGAAAAGGCAUAUUCUGAACAGGUUACAGAUGCGGGAGCGACCCAACAUCACCCACCCCAUCCCGAAGGCGGCGAUGGUGACUGCGUUAAGGAAACUUCACGCGGGGAAAGUAAGGGAGGACGGGAGAGUGGAAAUCCCAAACCUUGAUGGACACGCGAGUUACCACAACGAGGUGGAGGAGGAAACUUCAGAGAUCAUCAGUUUCGCGGAAACAGAUGAGCUGGUGUCCUCCAAGUCGAGCCUCUUCUUCGUCAUCUCCAACGAGGGGAACCAGAACCUCUACGUGUCCCAGGCCAGCCUGUGGCUGUACUUCAAGCUGCUGCCCUCGACGUCGGAGAAGGGCCCGCGCCGCAAGGUGACGGUCAAGGUGUACUUCCAGGAGCCGGGCCUGAGCAGCAAGUGGAACCUGGUGGAGAAGCGCGUGGACCUCAAGCGCAGCGGCUGGCACACCUUCCCACUGACCGAGGCCGUGAAGCUGGUCUUCAGCAAGGGCGACCGGCGGCAGAACCUGGACAUCCGUUGCGAGGGAUGCGACGAGUCGGGCGUGAUCCCCUCGCUGGUCAACCCCGCCGACGAGUCGCACCGGCCCUUCCUGGUGGUCCAGGCUCGCCUGGCCGACAACAAGCACCGCAUCCGCAAGCGCGGCCUGGAGUGCGAUGGCACCAACAGCCUGUGCUGCCGGCAGCAGUUCUACAUCGACUUCCGGCUCAUCGGCUGGAACGACUGGAUCAUCGCCCCGUCCGGGUACUUCGGGAACUACUGCGAGGGCAACUGCCCGGCCUACAUGGCGGGGGUGCCGGGGUCGGCGUCCUCGUUCCACACGGCGGUGGUCAACCAGUACCGCAUGCGUGGCAUGAGCCCCGGCUCGAUGAACUCCUGCUGCAUCCCCACCAAACUCAGCACCAUGUCCAUGCUCUACUUCGACGACGAGUACAACAUCGUCAAGAGAGACGUCCCCAACAUGAUCGUGGAGGAGUGCGGCUGUGCUUGAGUCUUAUUUAAAACAACAAGCAGGAAAGAAAAAACGAGUAAAUACGAAGAAACACACAAAAAGAAACUGAGGGGGAGAGAGGGGAGGGGACUCACGUUGGACUUUUGUACACAGAAAAUAAUAUUGCAAGAAUAAUUAUAGUAACAAAGUAAUAUUUAUGAACAUUUUCUUGAACACCAGCACACACAGUUGACCGCGUUCAUGGGCACAACCACAGAUGCCACACAGAAAGACACACACACACACACACACACACACACACACACACACACACAGACACACACACACACACACACACUCAAAUGCAAACACACGUCAUGCACACAGUUAUACAAGCAUGCACAGAACAUUGUGUACAUAUUAUUUAUGUUUGUUAAUAUUCCUGGUAGAAGCAUUUAUCAGUUCUGCCAGCUUGUGAUUCAGUCAAGUUUUAUAAACAAAGGUUUGUAAAAUAACUUAGGUCACAAUGUUUAAAGGGAUGCAGAAGAGAUGGUGAUUUAUGAGUUUGUAUCGUUAAUCUUUUUUUUUUAUUCAAUAUUUGCCAUUUUGUCUUUUCUUGUAUUCAAAAAAUUGAGAAUUCUCACAUGCUCUGACAAAAGACACAAAAAGGAGCCUUAGACAACCAGUAAGGGAGUCUAUUUGGACUGCCAAAACCAACCCUGCCUCUCUCCAAAUAGUAUCUCUGAGAACCAGCCCAACACCUACGUGAAAGCACUGACCACAGCUACGUCCAACUAUACAGCACUUCUGAAAAGCAAUACUGAUGGAACUACACUUCC